AAUUCAUCACAAUUUUAUUACUUCAAUCCCUCUCUCUCUAUCGGUCCAUUAUACAUUCAUAUAUAAUAUAUAUAAUAUUACAUAUAUACUACACUCAUAUAUAUAAAUAUAUAUUUAUAUACUUACUAAAUAUUAUUAUACUAUUUAUUAUAUAAUACGUUAUCAGCACGAAGGCUCUUGCUUAUCUUAUUUUUGCUGAGCAAAAUAAUGAGUUAUUGAUGAAAAGUCAUCAGUCCCGGCCCACUGGUUCCAGUCCGUUCCCUGAAGCGAAUGUGACAUUUUAUGAACGAGGCCGAGGACGUGGUCGAGGCCGUGGACGUGGUCGCGGUCGUGAGAGUCAACGCGGUCGAUAUACCCCUUACAAUCGCCGCAGUUUUGAUGUUAACAAGAUGCAGAGUAAACCCCAAUAUAGGGAUAUAGCUGAAAAGGCUAAACAGGGAAAGAGACAAAUCGGCGUUUGUAAUUGGUGUGACAUUGAAGGCCAUUGGGCCAAUACCUGCAGAACAGUCAAACACCUAGCCGAUCUUUAUCAAGCUUCACUGCAGAAAAAUGGGAAGGAGGUCAAGACUAAUCAUGUUGAUAAUGAUGACGACCCCGAUGAUGAUCUUUUGGAUUAUGACACAACGCAUCUUGACAUAGCGGAUUUCGUCGUAGAUCCAAGAAACCCCCAGUGAUAGACAUAUUAUGUCAUUUUAUAUUUUGUAAUAUUUAAAUUAUCGCAUACCACCUUUAUGUAAUGCAUUUUGUAAUAUUUAUAUUUGCCUUUAUUAAUACUACGUUAUUUAUAUUUGAAGGUUAAA